AUCCUGGCCUUCGCCAUGACAAACGGCGCGAAAGUCUGAAGGGUUCUAGCAUUGUUUGCAGUGCAAGGGAUUCCUGACACAUUUUUACAAUUGUCUCAAGUGUUUUAGUAGAAGAUGAUUAUUUAAACAUGCGCAACAGGUAACCCUACUACACUCUCGGAAAAUAGGAAACUAGUGUAUUGCGCGGUAGAUAUAAAAACACUUUUGCGUACUUACAUCAGAGCAUGACCAAAGCCAUGACGUAGCAGUAAUUUCCGGUGGUAUCUGAAAACUGUCCGAACGGUUUCGGCAAGCGGUAUUAUCAAUUAGACACCACCGGGAGAAGCAGCAUAAACAAGAAGACACGUCCUUUAACCAAACGCAUCGACGGAAGGCAACAAGAACUAUGAGAGCAAAUGUCAUAUUUAUUGGGAUAUUGGUUAGCCAAGUAUUACAAGCAAAACUAGGUUCAGGGACAUACUCAUUGAAUGGGAUUGAUUGCAAACGCCAAUGCAAGUGGCCGGCCGAACCUGCGGUUUGCCGUUUCAAUUUUACCAUAGAUUGGUAUUACUCUAUGUCUAAAGCGUGCUAUGAUUGUCCGUUCAAUUUAACGCAUUGCAAAUCACCGGAUUGUAUACCACUCAAUGGCGUAAAGAGAGGCAUACUUGUCGCAAACAAACAGUUUCCAGGGCCUAGUAUUGAGGUAUGUGAAGGAGACACAAUCGAAGUUGAGGUUAUUAACAAUCUUCCUAGUGGAGAAGGGACGGCUCUUCAUUGGCAUGGUCUU